GCCAAAUAAAUUACCAUCCAAACCCCGAACUCGCCUUCCACCUCUACAUAAUCACAACCUAUCACACCUUGUAAUGGCUUCACUUCCAAUCUUCGCCGCAGCUGAUGCUGCCAUACUCACAGCUCAAAACCUUAUCCAGCCAGUCAUCCGAAGACGCCGGCAAAUAUCCAGCUCUCUGAUGUUCUCGGAAGCUUCGUCCUCGUCGGAUAAUUCAGCUGACUCGGGAGUCGGUCUUGUACCCUCGUUCAUAGUACCAGAGUUUAUCGAGAGUGCAGAAACUUUGGAGUACAUUGGCUGGGGAGAGGAGAAGGCUACCGACAUAUGGGCCCGAUGGGAGAUCGUCAAGCAGAUCGAAAGCAAUGAGGCAGCAUUUGAGCAUCACUUCCUCGAGUAUGCUUUGUCUGCUAUACCAUAUCUCAAGCCUGAAGACAGACAGGAGGAUUGGGAUGCAGAGAUGUUGAAUUGGGGAGUAGGGGCUGAACUUCGUGCAGCAAUUAUGGACGAAGGGUACACCAAUAUUAGGCUCACGGAGUCAGCACAGUAUUGGGUCAAGGAUACAAUGGAAAUACGCUAUCUCAGUCUGGAGAGAUUGCAGCGAGACAGUCAGAUGAGGGCACAGACCUCAGCCACCUCCACGAACAACACCAUCUCCACGAACAACGCCGCCUCCUCGAACAACGCCGCCUCCUCGAACAACGCCACCGAUACUAGGGAGAAUCCUGUAGCCGUAACACAGUUCGCGACUUCGUCGACGGUCCCUGGAAGAUUAGCUUUGUAUAAGGCGAUUGCAAAAGACAGAGUUGGACAAGACCCGACGGGAAAGAUCUCUAUUGAAAGUCUAGUUAGCGGAACUCCAUCCGACUUUCGGGGAGUAGGUGGAACGGUACUUUACUUUACGCCUACUCCAGAGGUCGCGGAAUACUAUCGAGGCUAUAUCAGAAGACGGUGCAAUAGCGCAGCUCCACUCAUGCUACAACUAUUGGUUCCCAACUCCUUUAUCGAAGCACUCCGCCCAUUUAUUCUGAGAUUUGGAGACCUUUGGAAGGAAAUUGUGUUUACUAGUCGACGUGGAUUGUUACUAAGGGGUGACUUGAAGCGAAUCCAUCGGCUACCUUUGAUCAUCGCUCCUAUCGCUCGCUCUCACAACAGAACUAUCAGCAAUCUCGAUGACUAUCACCAGAUAUCUUCCGUUCGACAUGUUCUUUACGUCAAGGACUCCGAGGCAAUUCAGUAUGUCUUUCAAGGAGAGGAUAUGUUGGAUGGGUUAGAAGAAUGUGGCGAACUGAGGCCAGUCUCUGAAAGCUCUACAUCAGCAUCCUAACUAGAAAGACACUCGCCUUCAGCACAUUGAGGUGCCAUUGUUUAUACAGACUCUGUAGUAAUAGUAUUUGCUUAUUAAAUCUCUAAUCGGUAA